ACACCAGCUGGAUUCCCAAUCGGGUAACUUGCUCUGCUUCCGCAAAAACCUCCGACUUCUCUCCGUACAAAAAAUAAAUAAACCCAAGCACCUCAAUCACCCACCAUGAGUGCCUCGCGCAUCAUAACGCCCCAUAGAUGGCCUCCAAGGUCUCUGGGGCAACUGUGCCUUCAUGGAGAGAUCCUUUCGGAGCGUACGCUUCCUGCGAAUUCCCGGAGACCGUUUCAUUCAACCUCGAUUCAAAACGCAGCUCGCGCAGCACCGCGCUCCCCGACAGUAAGACGCCAGCAAGCAGGUGGAAAUGGAUCGACUGCUACAGCCCCUCGCCAGACCUACGUGGAUUUAGGCAUUCGUGGCCAAACAGAAAAUUAUGAUCCCGAAGGUCUACUUGCUCUCUACUCGAACUUCGGACACCGAUUAUACGAUUCGGCCAUGAGAGCCGGUCGCUUGCCCGAUAUCAGUGCUGAGACCUACAUCUAUAUCUCCAAACGCAUCAUCGAAGAGGCGUGUUCUGGACCUCCCACCGCGAUGGCGGCAAGGAGAAUAUCAAAAGACCUUGAUACCGUCUUUGCAGUUGCUGCAUCAUUCCCCACCGGUCGCCCACCACAUCCAAUGGCCCGUUGGACCCUCACUGCAACCGCCUCAGCAGGCGGGUUUCUCGCCGUUUUGCAUGUCGCAGCGGAACAUCUGAAGCGUGUUCCGACAGCAGGCCGGACGCCUAUACUGGACCGCAUUGAGCAGUGGGCUACUGAAUCCGAGGACCCAGACCCACGCGUCACGAUUAUGUACGCUCAAAUAUUAGGCCGGCGGGGACAGUACCGUGAGGCUAUCGCAGCUAUGGAAAAGCUCAUGCAGAGGAUCCAUCCGACUAAGCUGCUACCAUCGAUGAUGGAAGACAUAUCCAUGAACGGGAACCUAGAACCCCCGUGGAAGAUAUACGCCUGGCUGACGGAGAAAGUCGGUGAUCGAGCAGCCACCGACGAGACACUGAAAGUCGCUGCGCUGGAAUACCAGGACCCCAGUGCGCUGGUCACAUAUGCGCAUGUGAUGCAAACGCAAGGAGAUCUGGAAAUGUAUGAAGAAUGCAUGAACAAAGCUGCAACAGCCGGCGAUGCAGAAGCAUGUCGAAAACUCGCCAAUUUCUACUACCUGACUCACCACGGCCGGUUUCCACGUCGCGAAGAUCAGAAUACGAGUGGUAUCCGAAGCCGCAUUGUAUCGCUUUUCAAGCAGUCACGGACGAAAGACGAUUAUCGUAAGCUAGCGAUAGAUUGGUACGAGUUAUCCUUCAACCAUGGAAGCAAGAAGGCUGCCCUGCUGCUGUCAAUGCUUCUGCGCGAAGAUGGGGAUUCCGACCUCGGUCGGGAGUUCCUUUCAUUUGCUGCUGCGGAGGACAAACUGCUGUCACUGACAAAGAAGCUGGCAGACAACUGGGACAAUAAAGACUAUAACGUGAAGAUCCCAAUUCAAUUACUUGAUACUUGAUGUCAAAUACAGUGAAAAAUGUGAUAAUCGACGGCCUCGCUUUCUUGGGUGGCUAGAUAUCUUGAGCCACAGCUGCCUUUGACUGCAUUUUGCAUCUUCUGGAAGUCUCUCUGAACACCGUCUACACCGUCAUAUCACCUUUUCCAUGAUGUUCGGGUAGGAAUCUCCGCUCUGCCUCGAGUCUCACGCCUUAUUUGCGUUUUUGAUACCCUGUACGAUAUAUUCUCACACUUAGAAGAAAAAGCAAAAGAAUGGUUUAUCUUCGGGAAAGAAAUG